GGACCCCGCCAGCCUGAGACUUUAAUUGAGCUCCCUCCUCCCCUCUCCUCCUCCCCUCUCCUCCUCUCCUCCUCUCCUCUCCUCAGUCUCCUGGCUAACUUCUCGUCGACACACCACUUCACUUCACAUUAUUUUGGACUGGAUACGACAAGCAGCAAUAAGACAUGGCUUUCCUACAAAGAACAUUUCUACCGCUGUUUCUUCAUAUCUGCCUCCUGAACUGGGGCGUGUGGGCCAAGGUGGAGCUGACUAUGUAUGAGAGUGUUGAGGUCUACCUGGGUGACUCGGCUCAGAUCCCCUGCCAAUACAGCUUCACUGAUGCCAGCAACGAGCCCAGCUUUGUCAUGAUCCAGUGGUUUGUGAGAGCUUUAGGGAGUAACACACGGAUGCGGAUCUUCUACGGGGAUCAAAAUGAGCAGAUGGUGGACAACAACACAGACUACAGUGGUCGCAUCGAGGUGACUUCAGACCAGCAGGGAACUCAACUCACCAUCCAAGAUGUCCAACUGUCUGAUGAGAGGGAGUUCUUCUGCCAGGUUAAUGGUCUGGCUGCCGGCUAUGCUGAGGGCAAGACCCACCUCAGAGUGUUUGCUCCUCCAGAGGCUCCACUGAUUGAGGGUGUCACUACUGGGAUAUCUGUGACCAAUGAGGUACCGUCGAAGGUUGCAUCGUGUGAAGUUCGUAACGGCUUCCCUAAACCCAACAUCACCUGGUACAGGAACAGCAUGCCAUUGAUGUCUACACCAGGACAUGUAAAUUUGUUGACCCUGCUGACCCGGGAGCCCAGUGGCUUCUACUCUGUCCAGAGCACACUGGAGUACAAGGUGAUUAAGGAGGACAAGGAUGCCUAUUUCUCCUGCGAGGUCAGCUUUUUUGUCCCGACAGCCAUCAGGACAGUCGAGUCCAACAGCAUCAACAUCACUGUUCACUACCCCACCACCAUGGUGGAGCUGUGGAAGGAGUCGCCCCAGGGCUUGGUCAAAGAGGGGGAUACUGUGGAGCUACGUUGCCAGGGUGAUGGCAACCCCCCGCCGUCCUUCAUUUUCAACAGAGAACAAGAUAUGGAUGUGGACUUGGAGAGCAACGGUGAUGUGUUGACCCUGUCACCAGUGUCACGAAAACACAGCGGCAUCUACCAGUGUCGCCCUCUGGACUACACCGGAUAUAGCGAGGUCAAAGGAGAGAUGCAGCUCACUGUGCACUACUUGGACCCAGCUGUGGUGGUGCCUAAAGACUCAGAAGUCAUGCUCAAAGGAGAAGAACUGACUGCGACCUGCAACGCUCUGUCCUCCCUGAAAACAUCCACUGUCUGGUACAAGGAUGGGCAGCAGGUUGGUAAAGGGAACACAUUGCAUCUGAAGGAUGCCACCUUUGAAACAACAGGAGAGUACAUAUGUGAGGUGACCGUUCCCUCCCUGCCUGCCCUGCACACAAGCGGCUCCGUUCACAUCAUCGUUCAAGGUGGUCCCCAGCUGGUGGGUGUGGAGCAGGAAGUGCAGCUGGAGGAGGCAGCAGGGAGGAUGGUGAACCUGAGCUGUGAGGCUCAGGGCCAUCCACUGCCCAGCAUCUCCUGGAACAUCAUCGGCAGUCAGCAGAGCUGGCAAGAGGUGGUGAGCAAAGCAAACGAGCACAUGACUCACAGCGUGGUGUCAGUCAAAGUCACCUCGGACAUCAGCGCUCUGUGCAACGCUUCCAAUGACAUGGGCACUGAAAUCAAGGCUUUCAGCAUCAAAGCCAUUCCCAGGGUCACUUCAACUGCUCCCUUCUCUCCUGCUGAGGGCAGCGGAGUGAUCAUAGUGGUGAUCAUACUCUCUCUGCUGCUGCUGGCCAUCCUCGGCAGUGUUCUCUACUUCCUGCAUAAGAAGGGGAAAAUCCCUUGUGGACGCUCAGGGAAACAAGAGAUCAGCACCAAAGAGAAGACCACCAAAGAUGACAUUGUCGUGGAGAUGAAGACAAACACAAAGACCGAAGACGCCGUCCUCCUAAAGGCUGUCAACGGAGACAAAAGGGGCCCUAAUGAGCAGUAAAGUCCCACGAUGUCGCAGCAGUGACGGUGUUGUGCAGAGGGAGGCAGGACACAUGAAGCCAGCAGUCUGCGUGUGUGUGUAUGUGUGUGUGUGUGUGUGUGUGUGUGUGUGAGUGAGUGUGUUGGAGCAGAGGAGGCAGAAGACGUGCUGACUGAUCUGAGUCCUGCAGAGUAACACCGCCUCACAGUCCGGACAUUCCCUCAUCGUGCUUUGUUUCUCUGCAGAUUUACACAGCACCACACAACCGCAUCCACACACACACACACACACACACACACACACACACACACACACACACACACACACACACACACACACACGAGUAUGGAUGUGCUGUGUGUAUUUUCUUUUGAAUGAAUGUUUGCUUCCUCAACAUUCAGUUCGUUCAUUUGUUUUGUACCAUUUUCCUCAAACUGUGUUCAGCUGUCGGCUGUUGUUCGGUGUGUGUCUGAUGGUGUCUCGUGUGCAUCAUCACCUUUUUUCCUUUUUUUUUAUUUUUAUGAAAGUGUAUAUAUAUUAUAUAUAUUUUGUUAUUUAAGAUAUUUUGGCACUCAGAUUUUCAUUUCAUGGUAGCGUCUGGGUCAUGUGCAUGUUGAUCCGUGUUCAUGCGUCCAGGCGAGUUUCAGGACAGGAUAUGAUGUCAAGAGACCAAACGCUAGCUGUUCCUCCGAGGCAGCCCUUUACUGUUGGUUCACAGUCACACUGAGAGAAGGCUUGUCAGCGUGUUUGCUUCAAUAUUUCUACAAACCGAUGUUGUGAUUUACCAAAAAAAUUGUUGAACACUGAGGCGUUUCCUCUUAGACCAGCAGGAGACACUGAAGCUCGAAACGCAGGAUAAUCAGAACAGCAAUGAUCCCGAUCAAACCAGUGUCGAUCACACACACACACACUGGCAGCCUUUCUUUUGCAAACUGCUGUCAAGCCCUUGUACUGUUUGUAAAUACAUGUAGUGUACAGACCUGCUAGUGGUGGCCUUGGACUGUUACUGAAGGAGAAAAAGGUCAAAGUUUAGUGAUCUGCUGUGCCUGUUUUGAGAAUGCAUCAUACACUGAAUUUGUUUUUUUCGUUUUUUCGGUUUGCUCUGUGUGUUUUCUUCGUUUCCACUGAGAGCUAGUUGGGCCCGAAGUGUUCCAGUGCUGCAGCGUGCAUGUUUAACGUGUUUACUUCAGAUAUCACAUACUGCUAAACAUUUUCUUUUUACCAUCCAGGCAGCUGUGAGUUUGCUUCAAACUUGCUUUACUUAGAUAAUCCAUCAGAGGGAACACAGACAGUAUUUGGUUGGUUAUUUCAAGUCUGCUCUGCAUUAACAUGAAACUAUCAUGACUCUCUAACAACAAUAAGCAGAUGUGGAUGUUCCUCUCUGUGAUGGAUUACUGAACUCCAGCAAGUUUCAAGGUGUUUUCCUUUUUCAAAACAUGUGACACGAAUGUAAAGCAACGGCUGUAGAAGGUAGACAUACAUUUAACGUGUCUACAGCUCUCCACAGUUUGUCGUGUUAUCAGUACAUCCACAUGACCGAGCCAGACAUCUGAGAAAUCCAUGACUUUGAUCUGUCUUUGUAAAAACGCAGAGAGUUGUUUACCAAGAAUGCCUAAAGACUCGUUUCAUGUGGAUCAACAAAAUAUUCCAUCCCCUGCAUUAAUUAUAAGAUGCAGAAUGAAAAAUGACAAACACGUUGCUCUCUUUGUUGUGUCUGAAAAUAUCGAUUGAGCAAAAACACAAAAGAACAAAAGUGUUUAUUUCUUUUUUUACACAAAAGAGAUUUCAUUUCUGGACACUGUCUUGGGGAAAUUGGGUUAAAAAUCUUAAAAAAGCAUCUUGAAAAACCUUCAGAUCAGUGUCAUUGUUUUAGGAUUUGAUGUUUCAUCUGAAUGAGCAGCUGAUGAGUAUUUCUGACUCAGAGUAAAUGAGCUGAAACAUGCAGCAGCACUGGAACACUCCUUUAAGAGCCCGUGUUGUGAAUACGAUGUACUGAUUGUUCACUGUUUAGGUUUAUGGUGAAGACACGUUUUGUUGCUGUGAGCGCUACAUUGCCCAGAUGACUUGCAACAUUAACAAAGUAGUGAUACGUUUUCAGCUUUCUUUGUUUUUUUUUUUGUUUUUUUUCCUCCACUGAGUUGAGGUGUUAAAAGUUGUAGAAAUAUCCAGGUACAGGACGUCCUCAGGCAAGAAGUGUCCUCGUGUACGGUGCGAUGCUGUCAUUAUGGUUUAGAAAAUUCUGCACAAAGCCAUAACACCAACCGUGUCCAGCGUGCAGAUGUUUGAUCCAUAAAUCCGCACCCGUCUUUUCAGUUUAGAACUUAAAAUAAGUUUGCGUUUAUUGUUCUGGAUUCUUCACAAGUGUGAAAACAAGUUUGAACAUUGCAAUUAUGCUCUUUUUUUUUCUAAAUGUGUGUAAAUUAAGUACUGUACAUGUGAUUCUUUGAGGCUUGCGUUUCUUUUUAUAUUUUUUGCAAGAAAAUAAUGCCAAAUAAAAAAUGUUUCAUUUCAA